GCUUUGUCUUUACCCUUUUGGACUCAACAUGGCGACUGAAACCCUAGAAGAGACGAAACUCAAAACUCCGGCGAAGGAAGAAGGAGAAGCUUUAGUUUUUGGUUUCCCCUGGAUAUUAUAUUAUUACUUCGAAUAAUUGGAUACUGAUAGUCUGACUCUCUGUGGCUCAUCAACUAUCCAAGAGAAAAGCUGACGACAACCUUAUCUUACUACACACCAUCCUGUAUGGGAAGAAAGCAAAGGCACAGAUGAUUAAGAAAAACAUUAGUCAAUUUUCUGGCUUUGUCUGGUCAGAGGAAGAGGAAGAGAAGCAAAGAGGACGAGUAAAGGAGAAGCUUGACAAGUGCAUAAAAGAAAAACUAAUCUUCUUCUGUGAUGUACUUGACAUACCUAUUAACAGAAGCACAAGAAGAAGUAGCUGUCAAAGUGCUUGAGUUUUUGGAAUCUCCCAAGGCAACAAGAGAUGUUAUACUUGCUGAUCAAGAAAAGGAAGCCAGAGAGCGCAAGAUCACACAGAAAAAGAAGAAAUCUGGAGAAUCUUCAGAUACAACAGCCCAGAGGAAAAGGCAAACUAAAAAGGGAGAUCAUCCAUCUGACAAAGGAGAAGGCAAGGAUCAGGGGGAUUCUGAUUCUGAAGACAGUAAGGAUACUCAUGAGGAAGAUGUUACAUCACCAGAAGAAGAAGAUAGUGACCAUGAGAAAACUGAAACUGAAGAUGAGAGAGAGGAAGCAGAAGAUGAGAAGAAGCCAUCUGAUAAGAAAACAUCAUCUAAAAAGAUUAGCUCAGACACCAAAGACUCUAAAAAAUCUGCUGAAAAGUCCUCUAAGCCAACUUCAUCCCCAGCCAAGAAGCAAAAAGUUGAUCAUGAUGAUGAGUCUUCUAAAGAGAAAAGCAAGAAACAGUUGAUUAAGCCACAAACCAAGGGAUCUAAAGAGAAAGGAAAAGCCAGUAAGAAAGGCAAGGCAGAGCCCACCAGAGAAGAGAUGCUUGAAGUGGUGACCAAAAUGCUGAAGGAAGUAGACUUCAACACGGCGACAUUGUCAGAUAUUCUACAGAAGCUAAGCGGCCAUUUCGGUGUGGAUCUCUCGCAUAGAAAAAAAGAGGUGAAGGGUGUUAUCACGGAUGCAAUUAGUGAAAUGUCAGAUGUAGAAGAUGAAGAAGAAUGUGAGGUAAACGCUGAGGUAGACAGUAACAAAGAGAAGGCAGAAGAUCAUGAAAAGCUAGAGGAUUAAGGUUUUAGUGAUAUCAAGAUCUGAUCUGAUGUGAAGAAGAAUCAAAACUGAUCAAACAAUGUGUAAGUCAUUAAUUAGAGAGUGUUGAUUCAGUGACAGUGUAAUCUUUCUAUUAUGUA